AUGCGCUCAUAUUUGGCUAUUACGGCUUUACUUGCCAGCCUAACGCAGGCGGUACCUCAUUUAGGAGAUCAAAUUCCUAUCGAUCUUAAUGCCCUUGCUCACCACCGUGAUAAAUUAUGGUUUGGCACGGCUGCGGAUAUCCCUGGAACUUCGGAGUCAACCGAUUACGCAUACUUGAAUGUUUUGCGAAAGAACUUUGGAGAGAUGACUCCCGCAAAUGCAAUGAAGUUCAUGUACACCGAGCCUGAACAGAACGUCUUUAAUUUUACUGAAGGCGACUACUUCUUAGACGUGGCCGAACGCUUCGGCAGCCAGGUGCGCUGCCACAAUCUUGUGUGGGUCAGCCAAUUGUCCGAUUUUGUCACCUCGCAAAACUGGACUGCCGAAGCUCUUACUGCGGUGAUGAGGAACCACAUCUUCAAGACAGUUCAGCACUUUGGCCGACGUUGCUACUCCUGGGACGUGGUUAAUGAAGCCCUGAACAGCGACGGCACUUUCUCUUCAAGCGUCUGGUAUGACACAAUUGGCGAGGAAUAUUUCUAUCUUGCCUACCAAUACGCGCAGGAGGCGUUGGCGGAGAUCGGUGCCAAUAAUGUCAAGCUUUUCUACAACGAUUACGGGAUUGAGAACCCGGGAGCCAAAGCUGAUGCGGUUCUCCAGCUUGUGAGUGAGCUGCGGAAACGCCAUACUCGAAUUGAUGGUGUUGGGCUUGAGUCGCACUUUAUUGUCGGUGAAACGCCUUCUCUUGCCGAUCAGCUCUCAACCAAACAGUCUUAUAUCCGGGCCGGUCUAGAUGUGGCUAUAACAGAGCUGGACAUUCGCUUUUCGGAGGCUCCAUUUUACUCUGCUGCUGGUCAACGACAGCAGGCUGCGGACUACUACACCAGCGUUACCAGUUGUGUUGAAGCUGGCCCCCGUUGCAUUGGUGUCGUUGUAUGGGACUUCGAUGAUGCUUAUUCUUGGGUCCCAAGUACCUUCGCCGGGCAAGGCGGUGCAACCUUAUUUAACAGUACUCUCCAGGCCAAACCAGCCUAUUAUGCUGUUGCCGAGGCUCUUGAGGGUAAGACUUGCAGCGUUUGCUAA